AUUUUUUAGAGAAAACGAACAGAGAACUUUCAUACAUACAUACACGGAUUGUAUAUCAACUGAUUCUACUGGUCCAGCUGCGAUUCUAUUCUAAAUUAGUAAAAAUAAAUUAGGCAGGUUCAAUAGAAAAAUGGUGAUUGGCAAAUAACACAAAUAUAAAAAUUAAACGCUGUGAACCAUAAAGCGAUGCUUGUGAAAUAAAUAUCAAAUAUACACUUUUUUUAACGAUUUCCGUUUUGGAUUGCGUUUUGUCACCUACACUUCCGCUGUGGAUAUGCAAAGCUAGUGUAUAAUCUCUUCCAAUCUAAAAUGAAAGUAACAACGAUGCUGCACAACAAUUCAAUUUUAGAAAAAUAAGAAAUAUAUGCUGUUGAUACAAGUUGUUAAUGAAAAUGGUACGCUGCAUGGCUGGAAUGUCAAAAUACAUACAAAUAUACUUGCAACUCAACAAAGGAGUUGCAUUUGCAUGCAAAUAGGUGUUACCUUGCUGCACCUUUCUGAAACAUCUACAUCAACAUGGAUGUUGAAGAGUUGACUGACAUAUUCUAUACGAGCGACAAGAAGGGUCAGGUGUGUCGCGUCAAAUUGAAUGGACAGGGAUUUACACUGCAACGCGAAUCGAGUAAUGGUAGUUCAAGAGAGCAGCUCAUCGGUUUGGAUGACAUUAUUGGCAGUCGCUGCAUUGUUGUGAAGAAGGAUCGGCGCGCUUGCUCCAUGCUAUGCAGCUACGCGAUGCAGACGGACGGCAAUCGUAGUGAUAGCGGGGACGAGACAAAAAAGAAGUCCACUUCUGUGUCAUAUGAACAUGGCGAUGCAAGCGCUUAUCUCUAUGUCUUUGCGUAUAUUCUAAAUAAAAAACACCUUCGCAAUAUAAUACGUCGUGAGCGCACUGUAUUAAAACUGCGUUUUCGUUCCUUUGACACUUUUGGCGAUAAUAUGCGUGAGGCAGAACGUUGGUAUCAUACUGUGAGAGCAUUUAAGGGUCGAAGUUUAGGCAAUAAUGGAACGGAAGAACGACGCAUUUUGGUCUUGUUGAAUCCAAAAUCGGGUGCGGGUAAGGCGCGUGAAAUUUUCAAUCGUCAAGUUGUGCCAGUGUUAAAUGAAGCAGAGCAACAGUACGAUUUGCAUGUGACAAAACAUGCCAAUUAUGCACGAGAGUUUGUGCGCGUGAAAAUUUUGGACAACUAUAGUGGUAUUGUAGCGGUGGGCGGCGAUGGCCUGUUCUUUGAGAUUCUAAAUGGUUUAUUAAUGCGUGCCGAUUGGAUGGAUGCACGCAAUAUACCUUUGGGUAUAGUGCCAUGUGGGUCGGGAAAUGGAUUGGCACGCUCGGUGGCGCAUGUGUGUGGAGAGCCCUACGAACCAAAGCCAAUUUUGGGCGCCACGUUAACAGUGCUGAGCGGGAAGUCUAUCGCCAUGGAUGUCGUGAGAAUACAACAACACAAUCAAAUACUCUACUCCUUCCUCUCCAUUGGUUGGGGCCUUAUCUCAGAUAUUGACAUCGAAAGCGAACGUUUGCGAUCGCUUGGCUAUCAAAGAUUUACAAUUUGGACCUUACAUCGCCUAAUUAGUUUACGUACAUAUCGCGGCAAAGUAUCAUAUCUUCCAAAGAUUAAUCCUUACAUAGAAAGCGAUACAAUAUCGCUGGCAGACCCACUGCCAUUGAAGCAUAGUAGAAGUUGUAAUACAUGUUUGGAUAAACUGAACAACGGUUGUUUUCAAUCCACCGAAUGCAUCGAUGCUAGUAAAUAUUACGAUGUUAUUUCGCUGCAAAAUUCCUUGAAUCAAUCGGUUAAUUCGCGUUGCGACAGUUGGUUCUCACCUGGUUCGUGUCGUAGUACUUACCAUUCCGUUUCGGAGAGUAUUUAUCAUAGUGUGGAAGGUGAUAGCGACGGUGAAUCGCGUUUACAGCUUAGUAAUUUGAGUGUUCAUUUGUGUGGCCCAACGGGCAGUGCGCCUACACUUGACGAACCGGUACCUUCAUCGUGGGUAGUCGAAGAAGGCGAAUUCGUAAUGGUACAUGCAGCUUAUCAAACGCAUUUGGGUAGUGAUUGUUUUUUUGUGCCACCAGCAAAAUUCAACGAUGGCACCAUUUAUGUAGUUAUCAUACGCAGUGGCAUAAGUCGUUCGCAACUAUUGAACUUCAUGAUGGGUAUGAGUUCGGGCACACACGUGCCGGUAAUGAACAAUGAAUAUAUAAAAAUGGUGCCAGUGACGGCUUUUCGCAUAGAACCAUAUGACAAUGAGGGUAUCCUUACAGUCGAUGGUGAGCGCAUCGAAUUUGGACCACUACAGGCGGAAAUGCUAUCGAGUAUGGUGCGGGUAAUGACACCAAAAUGAGCUAAGCCAACGCAUGGCGGAAAUAAAAUUCAAAGUGUUGUGCACCAUUUUAUUCCUUUACGAUGGCUUUUAUUGUUAAACAUUUUUAUAUUUUGUUAUAUGUACAUAAGCAUAUAUAUGUACUUUAUCAAUAUUACAAUUAAAUGUCCAAAAUCUAA